GCCUACAAUUAUACUGCUCCUUGACGUACUCCUAACAUUGAAAUUGACAAAAUCUUCACCAUGAAAUUCUCAACAACGCUCCUAAUAUUUAACUUAGUAAUUUCCCACGCUAUAAUUCCUAAUACGAAAGAAUCUUCUGAUCACGGUGUACUAUGCAAAAUAAGUGAAUCAGAAGCCACAAGGCGCUUUGUAUCACGACUGAAAAUGAAACACAUACCAAUCGUCUACCAAUUUACAGAUGGAUGUUCGAUAUCUCGUAUUGUAUUUAACAUAUCUGGAGGAUGUAAUGAAGAAGAGAACGAAUUGUGGCCAUCAGCCUCAAUGGACGAGUCAUAUUCGGUGAAGAUUGACAACGGCACGAUAAGUAUUCAUUCAGAAGAGAUUUGGGGAACGUUACAUGCAUUUGAAACAAUACUUCAAUUGGUGUACAGAAGUGAACUCGGUCAGAAUGUGAUAUUUCAACGCAAAGUAGAAGAUUCGCCAAGACUUCCACAUAGAGGAGUGUUGAUUGGCACUUCCAAGCAUUAUCUGAGAACUGAAGCUAUCAAAAAUAUUACAGCUGCAUUGUCAAUAAUGAAGAUGAAUGUAUUGCACUGGCAUAUGACAGAUGAUGAAUCCUUUCCGUAUUCUUCCACCGUUUAUCCUGAAUUAUCUUCGAAGGGAGCAUAUCAUCCACGUGAAUAUGUAUAUGAAAGGGGUGAGAUUGGCUCGUUGAUAGAAUUCGCCCGACUACGUGGAGUUCGCGUGAUAGUGGAAUUUGAUACACCAGGCGAGAAGAUGAAGCGAUCCAGAAAUUUAUGAAGGAGAAGGGAUUCGACGAAGACUACAACAAACUAGAAAGUUAUUAUUUUGAACAACUCAUGGAGAUCAUCCAGAAUAUUACUUCAGACGCACCUAGGACUAUGACACCGGUUGUGUGGCAGAGUGUAUUUGAAGACGGAUAUCGAGGCGGCCCUAACACCAUUGUACAAGUACUAAAUAAUUCAGAUUGGAAAAGUGCCGUCAAGUCCAUCACUUCAGCUGGCUACAGAGUCAUAAACUCAGCCUGUUGGUUUGAGGACUACGGAGAUUUCACUGACUAUGGGGAAAAGUUAUACUAUUGCAAGCCUGCAGAUUUUGUUGGUGAGUCAAGCUUAUGGUGAAUAUUGUUUGAAUAAGAAAUAAUCAUCAUUGGUCGAGUAAAUUGCAAACAAAAGAGUGACCAGGUACUGAAGAAGAAACUAAAUUAGUUAUCGGUGGAGAAUUCGUCAUCUGGGGAACAUACGUGGAUGAUACCAAUCUACUCUUACAAUCGUGG